CUUUCUCUCUUUCCUCUCACUCUCCCUCCCUCGGAUUUACACUUGUCCAAAUAUCACCUUCAUGCAGUCUGAAAAUUAUUGAAAAUUUCUUUUUUCACAACAAAGCUGACAUUGGUCUGAUCGGCCGGUACUUCAGAAGCGGACGCACACAGUGAUUGCAAUCAUAUAACUGCAUAGAAGAGAUAAUCAUGCCGUGCAUCAGGACAUGUAUGUAUGGCCGUGGUCGUGCAGAAUUAAGGAAAAGAUGGGAUCAUUGGGACUUGAGGGCUUUAGUUGUAUGCAUCCUCUUGACUCAAUUAUACCUUCAUGUUUUCGGACGACUUCGCAGAAAGAGUACAAUGGGAAUGAUGAUCGUUACAAUUGUUUGGCUUAUUUACUUGCUCUCUGACUUGUUUGCAACACUUGCUCUUGGAAAGCUCUCCAAGCUUCAAGGUAAUGAUCAGGAUAUUGAUGCAGUCAAUCUGUUGAAGGGUUUAUGGGCACCGAUAAUCUUAUUCUUUCUUGGAGGUCCAGAUACUAUGACUAUCUUACGCUUGGAAGAAAAUCAGAUGUGGUUGAAACACCUAACAGGAUUACUUACACUAGGUCUAAGAACAGUUUAUAUCACGUAUCUUACAUGGGAUAGAACGUAUGUGUUCUAUCUCCUAACCUUGUUGCUGCUUUUUCCUGGACUUCUUAAGUAUGGAGAGAGAGUGUGGGUGAUCAAGUCAAGAGCUAUGGAAAAGUAUGAGGGUUUUGUUGAGUUGGAUCAAUCCACAAUUAGCAAAUUUAGUAAUGCACAAGCACUCCGACCUAAUGGAAAGCUAGUGCUGCAAGCAUAUUCCUAUCUCCAUAUCUUAAAACCUCAUGCUCUCAAUUAUGAGCCUGAUAGGUCCGAAUUAGAAAAAUUGGUAAAAGAAUUCCACGAAUUGGUGGUUGAAAGGGGUAGUGUUCACAAUACUUUCAAAUUAAUUGAGAUUGAGUUGGGGUUGAUGUAUGACAUGCUUUUUAGCAAAAUCGGCACAAUUUUUACAUUGUGGGGAAGUAUUCUCAGAUUUAUUAGCAUGUCUUGCAUUGUUGUGGUUUUAACAUUGUUGGUUAUCAAGUUGAAAAACCCUCUUAAGCCUCCUGCAGAUUUGCACAUUGAUCUUCCAAUUACCAUAACUCUGCUUGCCGGAGCACUUCUCUUAGAGAUAGCUGGGGUUCUUGAGCAACUUGGUUCAGAUUGGGCAAUUGUCUGGGCAUGUAAGCAUUAUCCGAGUAAGUUGGUCACACCAAUUUUUGAUCUCCAUGAACUUCCGAUCUUUAAAAGUAAAAGGUGGUCUGAACUUAUGGGACAAUUCAGCCUGUUGAAUUUCUGCAUCAAAAAGAAGUCGAAAAUGUUCAAUGAUAUUGUGGAGCAUUUUUGUGGUAGGGAAAAAAUGUUGGCGAGAUUCUGCUUGCCAUCGAGCCCAAUACAUCCUAGUUUGAAAGAACUAAUCAUCAAUCAGCUUCAGCAGAAGGCAAAACAUAUUUCAGAAGUUGAAACAUCUCAGGUUUCAACUAUGAAAAUAAGUGAGUGGACCCUUGGGAGUUAUGGAUAUCUAGAUGAGUUUAAGUGGAUUAUCGAUCUAGAAUUUGAGGAAAGUAUUGUCGUUUGGCAUGUUGCUACAGAUGUUUGCUAUCAUUCAGAGUUGGAAGGUUCUAGGUUGGUCACAGAUGAAAUAGAAGCAACCAAAACAUUAUCAUAUUACAUGAUGUAUCUUCUAUUCAUAUGUCGUUCUGGUUUACCAUUCUGUAACAAUGAUGCCAAGGUUCUGCAGGCUUAUACUAAAGUGAAGAAAUUUUUUGAAGCAAGAGAAUCUGCGUCAUCUAAAGUUGAACCGUAUAAGUUGCUGCUUCAGAGAGAAUUGGUCUCCGACAAUGUGACAAUAAACAACAUACACAAACUUGUACGUAGUUUGAUGGAUAAAGAGAACAGGUGGAAGAUCAUGAGUAAUGUGUGGGUGGAGAUGUUAUGUUACGCCGCGAGUCAUUGCCCAGUGAAAAACCAUGUUCAAGAGCUUAGACGUGGAGGACAAUUUGUCACUCAUGUUUGGCUUCUACUUAUGCACUUUGGCGUAAGAAAAAGGUCAGAGGGAAUUACGUUUCAACCAACUACUGACCCAAAGCAGUUUGACAGGGGAAUGAGAGAUUUGGUUGGAGGACUUGCAAAAGUUGGGCGUGAGAUUAUGGACCAGGGCAACUAAUAUAAGUACGAUGGGUCUGUGACGUUUUGGAAAGGAUAUUGUUUGGAUUGUUUUGCAUCUUUAGGAGAAACUAUUAUUUCAAGUUGUUUGCCUUGUUAUAUGACGUUUCAUUGUUUUAAUUUUUAUGGUUUUUGUGAUGGCCUCAGUAGGCUUUAGUUGUAAUUGUUAUAUUUGGGUUGCAGUUUUCUACCUUUAUGUAUAAUGUAUUGAUGUUUCUCUUUUCUACUCUUAUAGUAGAAGAAAUUUAUCUCAAGGUCAUACUUUUGUUGCUUGUUUUA